AACAUCAUGACCAUACUUAUUCAAAAUGGCGGUGUUCAUGCAGUUACAGAAGGCUUCAAGUCAGCUGUUUGAACGAUUUUUACCUCAGAAGUUAUUUGUGAGGUACAAGUUCAGAAACAAGGUGGCAAUAAGGAGAAACAAGAAGAGAAAAGAAGACAUGUCUUGGGCAGCAGAACUGUUAAACUACAGAAAUAAUGUGGCGAACAAGCAGCACGAACCAUCACCACUCCACCUGGUCACCAAAAUCAAACCCAUGUAUGGACGACCAAAGAGUGAGAAGGAAACGCUCAUAUCACUGGGAUUUACAAAAGAUUCUGAUCACAAGGGACCUAAGUCGGUGAUUCUGAAGAACACCCCAUGUGUCAACAACCAGCUGAUGGCGGUCAAGCAUCUCUUGAGAAUCACGCCAAUCACGUUCCCAUACGGAGUGCCAAAAAGCGAGGAGGAGUUAGAGCACAGCUGUCUUAACGAUAACGGAGAAUUUGUCAUAGUGAAAAAUGUUACCCCAAGAAAUGAACUUGAAAUGUUACAGGUGGCCCCCAAAACUCCGACUGUGUGGGAUAUGGAUUCUGAAACCAUCAAGAAACACACGGACAAGAUCAAGGAGGAUAAGAGUCUGCAUGAGGAGUUCUUUACAGUGGAUCCGGUGUAUAAGAUGAACCAGGAUGGAAAGGAGUUUAGAUACUUUGGUGAUAAGUCUGACAAUGGUAUUAAACAUUUUAAUGAACGCAUUAACCAUACUGAUGGCUCAAAGACUGAUUAGCUGUCGCUGCAUUGUUUAGUGAAAUAAAAUCUGAUGGAGUUUGUA